ACGAGCUGUGAGUGAUCGAUACUCCUCGCGCAAGCCUCUGACUACUUGGAGAAAGCCGGGGUAUGCGGUCCAAAGGGACAGCUCGUCGCCGGCCCCCCGGGCGACUCCACGGCGUCCACACUCGAGACAGCACUUAGGACCGAUGGCAGAGCCGGACGUGCUCUGGGAGGCUCUCCGGGCACUCCUGCCCAGUACCAAGGAAGAGCUGAAGCUGGAGCUCGGGGAGGAGGUGGAGGGCAGCGUGGUGCUGCUGCUGCAGCAGGCCACCCAGCUCUUCUAUGGGGGCCAGAUGAGCGCGUGUCUGCAGACCUGCGAGGUGCUCCUCGACUACUCCUGGGAGAAACUCAACGCAGGGCCCUGGCAGCAGGUGCACAAGGACUGGCGGCGGGUGUACACCUGUGGCUGCCUCUUAAAAGCUGUGUGUCUGUGUGCCCCACCGGCCGACGCCACCGCCGUGGCCGCCGCCCUGAGAGUCUGUGACCUGGGCCUGCUGAUGGGGGCGGCCAUCCUGGGGGACAUCCUCCUCAAAGUCGCUGCCGUCCUCCAGGCGCACCUCAUCUCCAGAAAGAGGCCGGCCCCCAGCCCGAGCCAGGAGCCACCCAGCACCAAGAAAGCAAGGAAUGACCACAUUUCGAUUCCAGAUGUGGGGUCAGAAAGAGCAGUGCCCCGGCUUCACUGUCCAUCCCUCCAGUAUUUCCAGAAGCAUUUUUUGGUUCCAGGGAGGCCUGUGAUCUUGGAAGGCGUGGCUGACCACUGGCCAUGCAUGAAGAAGUGGAGCCUGGAGUAUAUCCAAGAGGUUGCUGGCUGCCGCACUGUCCCGGUGGAGGUCGGUUCCAGGUACACGGACGAGGAAUGGUCCCAGACACUCAUGACGGUCAGUGAGUUCAUCAGCAAAUACAUCGUGAACGAGCCGAGGGACGUCGGGUACCUUGCUCAGCACCAGCUCUUUGACCAGAUCCCAGAGCUGAAGCAGGACAUCAGCAUCCCCGAUUACUGCUGCCUGGGUGACGGGGAGGAAGAGGAGAUCACCGUCAACGCCUGGUUCGGCCCCCAGGGAACAGUCUCCCCACUCCACCAGGACCCGCAGCAGAACUUCCUAGCCCAGGUGAUGGGGAGGAAGUACAUCCGGCUGUACUCCCCGCAGGAGUCGGAGGCCUUAUAUCCUCAUGACACGCACCUUCUUCAUAACACAAGCCAGGUUGACGUGGAGAAUCCCGACUUGGAGAAGUUCCCCAGGUUUGCCGAGGCCCCAUUCCUGUCCUGCAUCCUGUCUCCCGGAGAGAUCCUGUUUAUCCCAGUGAAGUACUGGCACUAUGUGCGGGCGCUGGACUUGAGCUUCUCGGUCAGCUUCUGGUGGUCAUAGCCGGAGAGGAGGGCAGAUCUGCGAUGCAGGGGUGACCAUGGAGUCGCUUCUCCUGGCCCGGAGUCUGGAGACGGGCUGCCCGAGCCUGCGCCUGAGGACGCCCUCCCGGGCCCAGGAGCGCCAGGCCGCUGAGUGCGUUAGAGGCAGGCGGGUGAGGCCCCAGAAGGACUUUGCAGGCUCACGAUCCACAUGGAAGCUCCUGGGCUCUGAGGUUGACGGCGUGGAUUUAGCCCUGCCCUGCUCUCAGGUGCUGUGUGAUUUGGGGCAAGAGACCCACUGUGUGUGGGUCUCCAUCUGGUUUCUGCUCUGGUUACCAAAUUAGAACCUGUCUUCAGAGCAGUGCAUAGACCUUCAAGCUUGGGAAAUUUUCUACUCUGCAUCCUCCCAGCAACCAGUUCCCAAAUCGAGAAACAGAACCACUUCCAGCAUCUCGCAGGGUGAAAUUCAAGGUGUGGCAAGAGUCUAGAUUGUGCGGGCCUGAUGGGCCACCUGGCUGGGAGAGAAACCCAGCCCAAGCUAGUUUAAGUGAAAACGCAACAGCCAGCUGGAUCUGUCAGCUCCAUAGCGUGUAAGGAGCCGCGGGCAGGGCUGUGAGACCUGCAGGAAGAAGCCCAGAGCCAGGCCCCUACCCAGCAGGCUUCUCUGCCUCCCCGGCCACCUCGCUUCUGCUGGUCUGGCCUUGGUUUCAUUCUCCUCUUGAGAUAGCCUUCUCCCCACGGGGAGAAGACAGCCCCAGCAGGUCAGCUCCAUAUCCUAAUACCACGACUCACAGGCGUGGAAACCUGAGGGACGAUUCUGACCGGCAGGCCUGGGACCUGUCCCCCAGGAGGGGCAGUGCUGGGUGGGGGGCUGCUCUGUGGUGGAGCCUGGCCCACAGGCCCCUCCUGGGUUACUAGAAGAGGGCGUGGGAAGCCCUGAUGGGCAGCUGGAACUGGCUUCUCGUGUCCUCUGUAACCAGGCCAGGGAAUUUGAACCUGACCAUGUAGGUCUUGGGGCUUCAGAGUUUUGAGCAGACAGACCAUCAGCAUACGUGCAUAAGAAAGCUGGCUCUCAGCUGGGGGAGGAGGAUGGUCUGAUCACAGAGCUUCAGGGAGGCUGAGACUGAGGCCGGGAGUGAGCCCCAGCCUGGGCAGUGCACACGUAGGACGGGCCAUUUAGAAGGUGGAAUCCGGGGCUCUGAGAGCAGUUGCUUGUGAGGUCGUUUAUUCCCCUCUCUGGCAUUAUAAAUAGUUAUUUACCUAAUUUUUCAUAUGACGAAUUUAUUCCAACUCUCAACACCGCUGAAGGUGGUGAGGCAUGAAAUAGGAAUGCGACCGUGUCAUUGAUGACAAACAGACAAGCCAUACCUAAGGGGUGGCCUGCGUAGCUCACACCAUCCCUGGCUCAGCUCCUACCAGUGGCCCAGCCUCUGCCAUCCCAUCCAUCCCAGUAGCCAGUCCCACUCCGGCUGAGCCGCUGCAGAUGAAAGGCAGUUCCUCUGUGAUGUAGUAGUGCUGAAGUCAGGGACCAGAGGAACCGUUCUUGAAAACAUUCAGGGCCAGGCUGCCACGAGCAAACGCCCCUUGUCAGAUGGGAAGACAGUAGAAGAGGAAACGUUCAUAUGCUGUCAGGCAGGCAAGGCUCCAGUGUUGCUGGUGUCCUGGCUGGAGGGCUGGCUCAGUGCUGAGGGAUGUGGACCAAAGGUUCUAGAAAUCAAAAGGCCAACCUGUUCACAGAGCCAAGGAGCGAUGCAGGCACGAGGACCCCACCUCCCACCUGUCGGAGAUGCACCCACUGAGAUGCCUGUUCGGCACCCAGAGUCCUGUGUCAGAUACAGCGUGGCUUCGAGCUGGAUGAGGGCCCUGCCCACCUCAUGUUUCACACUCUUGGGGAGUCUGGAGAGGAGAUAGAGGGACACGGUCCGAUUGUGCUGCUGUGUGCAAAGGGCCCAGAACGAGGAGACUGGAAAUGGGAAGAGCAGUGAGUGUCCCUGAUCCAGUCAUUCCUGGAGGGACAGUCAGGGGCACCAGGGGAGAGCAGAGCCCUGGAAGACAGCUGUGCUGGGAGGUGGGCAGGGCUGGAUCACAGGGGCCUUGAGUGCUGGGCAAGCCUGGAAUUUCAGGUAAGGGUUUUGGUUGGGCCGUGUGAAGGGGUCCGCAGGAAGUUCACGGUGGUAUCAGCACAGGGGAGACUGGUAGCAGGAGGCCAGUGUCCCAGCGGCAAGGUGCUCGAGCCUGCGCAGUAAGACCCUGCCUCGCCCUGAGCACCCCACCACUCGCUGGGACAGGCAGGAAGCCGGCUGUGGGAAGUGUCCUGCCCUCCUGGUGGUGGUGUGCUGGUUUGCUCUUGGCCCCUUGGCCUCCAUCCUCCCCUGCCCCUGUGAGUGCAGUCGGAGGGCGUGUCAGCCCGGUCCUUCCUGCACCUGCAUCUCGGAGGUGUGUCUGGAGGAAGAAUGGAACAGCUGGAGUCGAUUUAUGGCAGCAGCAGUGCCCUGGUGACAGGAAUGGGUCUGUCCAGCCAGAACCCCCAAGUCCAAGGUCCGUCUUCCUAGAUCAGUUCUCCUGCCCUGCCGUCUCUCUGCAAGCUUCCUCCUACCCCUCUGAGAAAUCUCUUCUCAGGAGGGGUGGAGGGGUGCUGGGGAUGGUUUCUGACACACAGCUGAACUCCCCUCCUGGUCAGGGCUCCCACGGAGCUGCACCAAGUUUUGUUAUUUGCCCUCAGGACGCUGGGCUGGGGUCUGGGCUGGCUCCUGGUGAUCCAGCUAAAUGCCUUUCACUGCCAGGGGAGGGGGGCCUGAGGGCUCGGGCCAGACCUGGACCCUGCGCCACAUUGGGCUGACGGAAGUGAACCAGCAGAGCAUCCCUGGCCGCACAGGUGGGGGAUACCCCACCCUUUUGGCGCCCACAGCUCAUCUCCCCUCUGCCUGGUCGUAUCACCCUCGUCACUCAGCCAUGUGGCUUGGGAGGGGCUGCCCCACCCUCAGCUCAGAGGUGAGCCCCAGGUUGCCAAUGCCAGUUGGACUCUCCCAUCCCCACCUCCAUGAGUGCCCAGAUUGGAUGUUUGCUGGGAUGGGGGAGCCACUAAAUGAGACCCGCCUUCCUCCUCCUGAUGAUGGGGCCUGGUGAGGCCUGGAAGCAUGGCAGCCAUUUUGCUACCAUGAAGAAAGAGGCUGGAUGUGCUGGGAGACCGUGUUGUAGGCCCCAACAUGAGAACUCAGUGACAACAGGGCAGCGACAGAAAUUACAGAUGCUUGGUGACAUCGCUGGAACCAAUAACUCAAGCCUCUCCUGCAGGACCCUCUCUGGGAAGUCCUUCCUCAUUUAAGUCAGUCUGCGUUGGGUUUUCCAUCAUGACUGAAGGGGUCUUGAUUGAUCCUGGAAUUGGAAAGGAGGUGAGAGAGGGACUUAAAAGUGUGUUAAGUGUGAUGGUCAGGGGAGUGCAGGGCAGUGGGGGACUGGGAGCUGGAGGUGGUGACAGCCUAGCCAAGACCUAACUGGCAGACAGGGGUUAGCCGGCAAGGGCAGGACACAAGGAGAGGGGAGAGUAGGCAGGCAGGGGGAACUGUGUGCGCAAAGGCUCGAGGUGAGGAACAGGUUCAUUCAGGAACGGGAAGAAAUGCUCUACCCUGAGAAGUGGGAGGGGAGAGGCGGUGAGAUACGCAGGAUCUCAGCAGGAGCGCAUCAGGCACUGUGGGAGGGUCACUGGUGGAGGAGGCUGGAGCCGGGAGCAGAGGUGAGCUGUGCCGAGGGAUGGGGAGGUGACCUGGCCUAGGGCAGCGGCUGUGGGACUGAGGGCCAUCUGGCAGGUGGGUUGCCUAAGACGUGAUGACAGGCUUGAUGCAGGAGGACCAAGGAGCGGGGGAUCCAGGCCAACUCCUGACUGGGGCAACUGCAGGGCGGGGCUGCUGGUCACCACGUGGGGCAGAGGGCCCAGUGAGGACAGCAUACCCCCCAGUCCUGCCCAUCGGUCUCAGGCCGUUCAGGCCAGCCAGGCCAGUCCACCCUGGACCAGAAGAGAGUGUGGCCCAUGGGGCAUGGAGGCAGGGGGCCAAGGCUCCCACAAGUCCAAGUCGGGCCAGCCAGUGAGGAUGGGACAAGUGGCCAAAGGCAAAGCUGUCCUGAGCCAGUGGCCUCCCAGGCGUGCUGGGCAGGAGGGGCUCUGCCAGCCUCAUAAUGGAGCAAGGGUUUCCCAGCUCUUGGGGAGCACCAGGAAGGAGGGGAAGGCCACGACAUGAACCCUACACAGGUAUAUCCACAGAUGGAGGAUGCAGCAGCUACUUAGUAAGUUUAUUCCAAACCUGUUAACAAGGGAACGUAAAAAACAAAGGAGGUGAUUCAUGUGCAACAGGAAAACGAUGCCUCGUCCCACCAGGCCACGCAGUCACUCCCCUGAUGGCAGCGCCAGCUAGUGCUGCCUGGAUCGCGAGGACUUUUUGCUGGACUUGGAGAUGCCAGCAUCUCUCUCCUUCUCGGGGUCGAAGACUUCUGUACACAAAAAAGCCACAAAGUACCGUGAAUGGCAGGGCUGGCUGACAUCCACAGCCACACUCGUGUGCCAAGGACUCUGUCCUGUGGGACAUCUUCACUGCUAACACUCCAGGGAGGCAGGAGUAGCCCCAGCUGACAGAUGAAUGAACUGAGGGAGCUGGGGAGGCCCCUUUCAUUGCUCCCUCCUCCCCCACCCCCAAGACAGCUGCCAGGGACAGUCUUGUCUACACCUGACCCUCCCUCACAGGCCUUGGAUUUCUACUGGGUUCCAGACAGCCCUGUGGAACUGAGGAAGCAAGCCUGCCUCCCCUGACUGCAGAAGCUGCUUCACCGCGUGGGGCUCGGGUCCCGCACAUGUGUGGAGCCCUUUUGAGAGUGCCCUGUCCUCUCCUUCCCCCGUCCCUGCUCAGCCAGCAUGCGGGCACGCGCUCUACCCUGCCAGCCCAGCUCCCGCUGGAGGCCAGCAGGAGAGGGAGGGCUCAGGGACACGAACCUGGUAUCUCAUGGGGCCAGUAGUCAUUACAGUGGGGGCAGUGCGGCUCCGAAUUGGACUGGAAGUACUUGGCCACACAAGGUAAGUGCAUCCUGAUCCCACAGGUGUCGCAGCUUUGACCCUGAAACAAGAAAGGCGAUGGCCAGGGCGCCUGGCACACAUCCCGUGUCCAUAAACCUUCAGGGAGCUGCAAGGAAAACGUCCUGCAGGCUCUGACUUUUUGUCUUCCAGGCCCCAGGCUAAUCAGAACAACCCCAAAGUCUUCAGUGCAGUGGGUUUUAGUAAAGAAUUCUGACAAAUGAGCACAGAGGGGAAAAGCUCAAGACUCCAAUGACCAGAGGACGGCGGUGGGGGUGGCAGGCCAGGCCCAGCAGAGCAGCAAGGCGGCCCCAAAUCCCCCGCACACGUGGGCCCUGCAAGUGGGCCUGAGGAUGGCUGCCACAUUUCAGAAGGCUGUUCAGCAAUGUGGGUCAGAAGCUUUAAAAAGCUGUGUGCACGCUCUGUUCCAGAAGUUCCACUCCUAGGAAUUCAACCCAAGGAAACCACCACUGGGGGCCCAAGGAUGGAUGCGCAGAGAGGCCCACCCCAGUGCAGGUGGCGACUGCACUGAGAGAAAAGGAGGAAAACAUAAAUGUCCAGCACUGGCCCAGCUGCUCUGAAGCCCUACGAAGUUCACAGGGUAAAACAUGACGGGAAAACCACAGCUGACGUAGGAAGAGAUUCGCCACACAGCCGCCAAGAUAGCACAGGCUACACCAAAGAUUUCUGAGAGCCUUCCUGGAGAAAAAUUAAUAAAAAGAGCCCUGGAGCUAGAACAGAGGGACCAGGGAGGAGACGCAGGCAUUUGCGUGCUCAUCCUCGGACACAUCUGAGGAGACGCCCCACAUCUGCUUGUGUCGGAGGAGGCUAGGGCAGUGCCAGAGGCCUGGGCCCAGAAGGAGAGCUGUAGAAGGCGCCCGCCGCCCUGCCCCGCGGUACCUGGAUGAGCAGGCUGUGGCAGAUGUUGCAGACCUUCACAGCGUCGGGGUACGUCUCCCGGAUGUACUGCUCCAUCUCCAGGAUGGCCCGGCCGUGCAGCGUGAACUCCCCUUCCUUCUGCAGGGGCCGGGCGGGAGAGGCGCUCUUGGAUGACACUGGCACCCCCACGGCCCAAGGCCCAGAAAGGAGCAGAAGUUUGCACACCCACCCCAGCGCAGCAGGCGUCCACGCCGGCCCCCUGCAGAGCCUCAAGUGGGGAAAACUCAGGCAAGACCCAAAGGAAGUCGAGCACCUGAUGUGCGUGAGGCCCAGCGCCUGGCAGUGCCAUGAGAAACGUCUAUGGGAAGACUAAGUGGACCUCAUCUCAAGGAAUACCCAGGCCUGGGGUGAGCAAGUUCCAGUUCAGAGUCAGGAUCCAGCUGCAGUCACUAAGCAUCCACCAGAUGCCUGGAACUCUGCCCAGUGCUUACUGUUCAUGAUCCCCCUCAGUCCUCAGGGUGCUAUCCCAGGGAGGGGCAGGCGGGGUACCCUGGCGACUCCAAAGCAGAUCAAAACCCGAGUGAUCUCCCAGGCCUCAUUAAAGAUCCCCGGAGCUGGGAUCUUGCAGUGGGAGUGGUCCUGGAGGUGCAGACAUGCAGCUGGCAGUCACACCCCUGCUCUGAGGACCCGCAGUUUCUCUGCAGCCUCCUCCAUCUUGGGGCCUCCCCCGCUGACCCCGACCACUCUCCACUCCAAGGCCUCCUGAUGGGCUGCAGCUCCGCGCCAGGCAGGGCUUCCCACGGGCGCAGAGGCAGGGCUCCCCAUGCACUGGGGAGGCCCCGCCGUAGUGAACAGUGCCGCUGGGGCAAGGGCUGCACAGUGCAGCUCCCGGGCAAAGUCCCGCUUCUGAGAAGCCGAGGCACAGACUCAAGAUGUGGUCCCUCCCACCAAGGUGCUGUCCCCAGAAGGCUGGUCAGGGGGACCGGCUGGACCUGCAGCUGUUCCUGCAAAGGGCCACAGAACUCCCAGCAACCCAGUCCCCACCCUGCCCCGUGCCAACCAGUUCAGAAAGCACUUGACCCUCCCAAAAUAAACCCCUGAGAGCCAUCAAUAUCCUAGCUCUUCAGAUGGGAAACGGGCUCAGAACCAAGACGCCACUUGCCAGAGGUAGUGGCAAGGCCAGAGGAGGCCCUGGGGGUGCCUCUCACCAGCAUGCCUUGGGUUUGUUCCUUUGUCCACACAAGGCCUGAGGUGUCAGCCAGCCAGGGGCUCCCACAAGGACCAUGGGGCCAAGGAGGCCACUGUUCACGCAGAGCUUGCUCGCUGGCUCGGCAGCUCACAGAACCCCAGGGCUGCCAUCCUACCAGAGCUCAGGGCCGCCCCCACUUUACUGAGGAAGAGGCAGAGAUGACGGGAGCCUGGGCCCAGUGCACGCCCUGCAGACCCCAGGAGCAUGUGCCUUCCUUCUGUCGCCCCUGCCCUGGGCAGUAAAGCACAGUCUUCGACAGAGAUGGGCUCACAUCCCUGCACUGUGACAGGACAGCGGCGGCCUGUGCUUGAUGUGCACGGCCACUCUCGGGCCCAAAGCUGGGUGCAAAGGGUGCACCUGGGUGCAGAGGGUGAGCUCAGAGGGGAAGAGGUGUGCAGACCGGCAUAGUCCCAUGUGAAUACAGAUACUGCCUUAUCUA